UUUUUGGGUAAAUGGUAAACCGCGGACUAGCAAACUCCCUCUCUUUCCUCGACCCCUCCUCAAACCCCUGCUUGUCACGGGUAAAAAAAUGUACGUUCCCUAACCCGCUCGUGCUCUGUUCAGGCCCAGGUCCUCCUUCUCGCGUCCAUUUUACAAACGUUAGCAGGACGUCCGUGACGAUAGCGUGGGACCCACCAGUCUACCCCCGUGGUGUGAUAACGAGAUAUAGAGUGGCGUACCGUUUUAAUUCAACGUCGUCUGGUUUUAUAUGGCAAAGCUUACUCGGCCGUAAUGAACGGCAAAGAACUGCUGGGGGGCUGAAUGCUCAGUCGUUUUAUCGUUUCUUCGUAUGGGCCGGCACAAACACCAGCUGGAGCGACCCGCCCGCAGAAGUUGUUGUAUAUACCGGAGGCUCAACAGAACCCCCAGAUACGCCAUUCAUUCUGCCGAUAUAUUUUUCGGACAUCAGCGAGCGGUGGAUAAUCGUUAAAUGGCAAGCCACUUCGGAUGUUAAAAGUCCCUUGAGGUUCUUCACGUUGCAGCUGAACAAAAAUGGCGAGGGCUGGCAGGUGUACUCUCCAAACGUUCCUCACAGUUCACGGAGCCUUAAAGUGGAAGGUCUUAUUCCAGGAGAGACUUACACGUUCAGGAUCAUGGCUACUAACGACAGAGGCAACAGUCCAUAUAGUGUUGCGUCCACGGCUGUCUCUACUCGCCUUGCCCGUGAGUUUGAACUCAUUGUCACUACGGUACUCUUCAAUAUAAGAAACAUGUUAGUCAGUACGUGACACAAUCUUUUCGGAGAACAAUUCCAAGUCUUCUCAACAGGAGUUCCGGCUAUGACCGGUUGGACUUUUUAAUACUGAGAUAGACUGGAGACUCGUGGGAGCUAGUUUAUAUAAACAGGUCCACGUAACAAAUAUCCUCGAGCUGUAUCGCAAGAAUACGUCAUUUCUGAGUUGCUCUCAUUAGCAUUAACCCAAAAACAAAAGGGUACGAGCUAAAUCCAAUAGUAUGGAAUAAUCACUUAACUCGAGUAAAAAAGUUAUCUGUUUCGUUACCUAGUUGAAAAAAA